UCAUUUGCAUUUCCGGUUCUAUUUUCCCGCGGGGCUCAUUCUGAGAACAAAAGGAGACCGUCUCUCGCUUUACCCGAUUGAGUUGACUGGGGGAGGGAGUGCGCAUGCGCAGGUGAUUGGACCCAGAAAUCCAUUUAUUCCAGCCUUUUAAACAAUUUCUUUCUUGAUUUUUUGCAAAAAGGAUAAAGAAAUUGAUCAUGCUGCGAGCAUCCAGCAACUGACCAUUUCUCAAAUAGCAAAUAAUUCUAUUUUUCUUAUUUUUUUCCCUUGUAUUUUGCUAUUUUCUCAAUGCCCUAGCCCUCUCUGGAAGCUGAUCUCCCCACUGGCUGACAUAAAAGCAUGGAUCCCACCCAGAAGGAGGCUGCUAUCUUGUGUGUCGUUCAGUCGGGGGCGCUGAUGAUGGAGUAUCUCAGGGCCAGCGGCGAAGCAUCGUCGGCCGCCGCUUCUAGACGCCGGUGGGCAUUCCUCCAUUCGCUGGGCCAGCGAGGAUGCGAGGAAGACGAAGAGGAGGAGGAAGAGGAGGAGGAGGAGGAAGAAGAGGAAGAAGUGGAAGAGGUGGUCUUGCUCUCCCGGCAGGCUUCCACCGCCGGGGUUCGUCGAGGUGGCCGCCUCCGUUCAGUGGAGCGGCGCUUCUGGGCUCGACCCCGGAGCACCGAAUGGUGGGACCGCACUGUUUUGGAAACAUGGGACGACUCUCAUUGGCUGCAGAACUUCCGCAUGCGCAAAGCCACCUUCCUGGAGCUCUGCGCACGGCUCUCCCCGGCCUUGCAGCGCCAGAAGACGAGGAUGCGUGUCCCGCUGAGUGUGGAGAAGCGGGUGGCCAUCGCCCUCUGGAAGCUGGCCACCUCGGUGUGCUACCGUGACGUGGGCAACCAGUUUGGGGUGGGCCGCUCCACCGCCGGCUCAGUGGUGCUGGAAGUGUGUCGCGCCAUCCAGAGAGUCCUGAUGCGCGCCACGGUAACGGUAGGCGGCAACCUGGCUGAGAUAUUGCGCGGCUUCCAGGAGAUGGGCUUCCCCAACUGUGCCGGCGUGGUGGGCACUACUCACAUGCCCAUCCUGUGCCCGCCACAUCAGGCGGCCGAAUAUGUCAACUCCAAGGGCUACUACUCCAUGGCUUUGCAAGCUUUGGUGGACCACCGGGGAAAGUUCACCCACCUAAGCGCCGGCUGGCCGGGGAAGACGCACGAAGCCAAGAUCUUCAACAAGUCCACCUUGUUCACCAAAGGCCAAGAAGGCACCCUCUUCACCCCAGGGGCAGUUGACAUCAACGGGGUGUCCGUGCCCAGGGUCAUCUUAGGUGGGCCGGCGUACCCUCUGCUCCCGUGGCUGAUGGUGCCUUACACGGAGGAGCUGGACAGUGCCAAGGAGGCCUUCAACGCCACCUUGAGCCGAUGCCAGGAGCCCUUGGAGGAGGCCUUCAGCCGGCUGAAGGGACGGUGGCGCUGCCUGACGGGGCGCAACGACUGCGCGGUGGAGAACCUGCCCCGGCUCAUCUCAGCCUGUUGUGUCCUCCACAACAUCUGUGAGGAGAAAGGGGAGGCCUACGAGGAGGCCUGGGAAGCCGAGGCUAAGCAGCUGGCCGCCACCUUUGAGCAGCCCCUCCAGCGCCCGGACACACGCAUCAAACCAGCGGCGCGGUCCGAGAGGGUCAGAGAAACCCUGUGCGCCUACAUCACUGCCGGCACCGUGUGAAAAGGAACCAAAGGAAGUGAAAGCCAUCUCAAAUAGAAGGGGUGGACAUCUAACCUCUUGGAUACUUUCCUUCUGACGCAAGCUAUGGGCCAACUUCAGCUCACCAAGUGUUUUGGACUUCAACUCCCACAAUUCCUAACAGCCUCAGGCCCCUUCCUUUUCCACCUCAAGGCCUGAGGCUGUUAGGAAUCGUGGGAGUUGAAGUCCAAACCACCUGGAGGGUCCAAGUUGGCCCAUGCUUGCCCUAAAAGACAUUGGGAAGCAGCAGACGUGGUUGAGGUGGAAAAUUGAUCUUCUUAUCGGGUAAAAUUCAGGUCCCAAUCUUCCCUCAGUGAUCAAUUCUCUAAGAAAACAAGAACUUCUCUCAUAGUUUUUCGAAGUAUGGAGUUGCCAACGGCGGCCAUAUUUUUAAAAACCCUAUAGAAGUGGUGCUACACAAAUGUUUGUCUUCAAAACGGUUGUAUAGGUAGAAUAUCCUUUGUAUUGUCGAAGGCUUUCAUGGCCGGAAUCACUGGGUUGUUGUAGGUUUUCCGGGCUAUAUGGCCAUGUUCUAGAGGCAUUUUCUCCUGACGUUUCGCCUGCAUCUAUGGCAAGCAUCCUCAGAGGUAGUGAGGUCUGUUGGAAGUAGGAAAAUGGGUUUAUAUAUCUGUGGAAAGACCAGGGUGUGACAAAAGACUUUUGUCUACUGGAGCAUUAAAAAACUCAAAAAUUACAACAGCAAAACAACAGAGAGUAAACAAUCAGGCACAUCAAAUCACCUCUCAAAGAAAGAUUCCCCCAGGCACUUCAAAGCCAUUAAAUGCUAAUCAAGGUGGUCAGUUGAAACAUUCACACCUGGCUCCAGCAGACAAAAGUCCUUUGUCCCACCCUGGUCUUUCCACAGAU